AGGGGAGCGUUCGGCUCAAGCCGCGGUUGCACGGCCCCGCCCUCCGCGACCGCGGGCUGGCGCGUGCCCGCACGCGCAGCUGCCCGCGGAGCGCCGCCGUCAGACUUCCGACGCCGUGACCGUUCUGCUCCUUCGCGGGGGAGCGCCGCUUCCGCGCUCGCGCGCCCGCCCUGCCCCGCCGGGGGGCCCUCCUCGCGCCCAGCAUGAAGAGGCGGUUCGAGGGCGGCAAGGGCGACGGCGACGGCCCGCCGCACCAGCGGAGGAAGGGGGGGAAGGGGGUGCGGCCCGUGGACAUGCCCUGCGUCCUGAAGUUCCUCUGCCCCGAGGCCCUCGCCUCCGCCGUCAUCGGCAAGGGCGGCGCUGCCAUCAAGGAGAUCCGCGAGCUGACGCAGGCGAAGCUGGGGCUGACGGACAAGCACGAGCUCUACCCCGACACGGAGGACCGCGUGCUCACCUGUCAGGGCAGCACCCCCGACGCGCUCGCCGAGGUGGCCGUGCAGAUCGUGUCGAAGGUCACCGAGUGCGUGCAGCAGGCCCCGUCCGAAGCGGUGGGGGACGUCGGCCAGCUGAAGCUCCGGACGCUGAUGCCGAAGGCGGCGGUGGGGGGCAUCAUCGGCAAGGGAGGGGCUGCCAUAAAGCAGCUGCGUGAGACCAGCGGGGCCAAGGUCUCGAUCGCGGAGCCCAUCGGCUCGGGCCCAGGCGCGGAGCAGGUCGUCACGCUGGUGGGCAGCGAGCAGGCCCUGGAGUACUGCAUGGCCGAGAUCAACCAGCAGGUCCAAGCUGUCAACGAAGAGCCUUGGUGGCAGGAGUGGGCCGAGGACCACGGCUGCCACGGCGGCGGCGGUGGCGGCGGCUGCAUUCCGAAGGGCGGCAAGGGCGACAAGGACGGUUGGAUCAAGGGCAAGGGCGGCAAGGGCGGCAAGGGCGGCAAGGGCAAGGACAAGGACGUGGGCUUCGCACCCGCAGAGGACUGGGGCAACUCGUACAGAGAUGAUCGUCCUCCCCGAGGUGGCCACAGAGGAGAGCACCCGGCUGUUCAGCUGUUGGUUGACACGGCGAGAAAUUUGCCUCCAUACGUGUUGGAAGACGAGCGCGGCUUCGCGCUGAGCUGCAUAGUCCCAAAUCGGAUGGUCGGCGGCUUGAUCGGUAGGGCUGGCUCAGGGACGAAGGACAUUCAGAACACCACUGGCACGAAAAUCGGGAUUCGUGAGAUUCCCGGUGACCCAGAGAACCGCUCCCUGAACAUUGCUGGGCCGCUUGGAAGCGCGUGCGCAGCGUACAUGCUCAUGAUGAAGCGGUACCUCGACACAGAAGCCUCGUCCAUGCGUUAGCGAAGCAUGCCUAUAUCUACUGAGCUAUCCGCCAAGCGGGAACUGACUCUGGGCGGUUGCAGCGCACCUUCCGGCAAUGAGUUCUUGGCCAGCAUGAUUCCUCGGGAAGUUGAAGGCAUGAUCAGGCACGGUGGCUGAAGUGGAACUUCUGGCCAAUCUAUAUUAGUCGCACUCCCAUGUUUUGCGUGCUGCUGCGUUUUGUCCAGCUCGUCGCUCUCCCGUCCGAUUUCCUCUUGCAGCUCCUCAACUUGCGGCCUCGGAUGCUUCUAUGGGUUCCCAGCGACAUGUCCGCUCGAGACAAAAAAAAAACGACAUUCUUCGCAGCCGAGAAGCAGUGAAGCAGCCCGACCCUGCCGCUGCGCUGUGGCGGUGGGCUCCGCUCCCUCCCAG